GGUAGGAGGACCCGAGCAGCUUCAUCCAGCUCCUCCACACUGACAGGAUCACUGCCCCGCACCUUCACAAUGACACCGCUCACUGCACACACACUCUGCAUUCAGCCACACUUUACAAUCUCCUGGGAAUAAACACAGCUCCAUAAUAAACAUACCGGCAUCUUCCCGGACCUCUCAGCGGGUCCAGACUCUCUGUGGCGGCUGCCGGUGCACAGCAGAGUCCGAGGUCUGGAGGCCUCCGUGCUCACAUUCCUCUUUCAAACACUUACUUUAUCAUAAUACAUAAGGUGUGAACACAGAGAUGGCAGACAGCACCGGGCUGCUGCAGUUUGUCAGCCCCUAUGCUUUUGAAGCCAUGCAGAAGGUGGACGUGGUGCGCCUGGCGGCGCUCAGCGACCCGGAGCUGAGGCUGCUGCUGCCCUGCCUGGUCCGGAUGGCCCUGUGCGCCCCGGCCGACCAGAGCCAGUCCUGGGCGCAGGACAAGAAGCUCAUCCUCCGCCUGCUCGCCGGAGUGGAGGCCGUUAACUCUAUCGUGGCUCUUCUGUCUGUGGACUUUCACGCGUUGGAGCAGGACGCGAGGAAGGAGCUGCAGCUCAGACAAAAAGCUGGAGGCGCUAAUGCAGAGAGCAUCUUGGUGUCCCAGCUGCAGCACGGCCUGACGCUGGAGUUCGAACACAGCGAUCCCCUCAGGAGGCUCCGUCUGACCCUCAGCGAGCUGCUGGCCAUCAUGAAUAAGGUGGCAGAUUCAAACGGAGAGUUUUUCCUCAAGUCUUCGGAACUGUUUGAGAGCCCCGUGUACCUGGAGGAGGUGGCAGACGUCCUCUGCAUCUUACAAGCAGAGCUGCCGUCCCUGCUGCCCAUCGUGGACGUCGCCGAGGCUCUGCUCCACGUCCGGAACGGCGACUGGUUCCUGUGUCUGCUGGUGGCGAAUGUUCCCGACAGCUUCAACGAAGUUUGCAGAGGUCUGAUAAAGAACGGCGAGCGUCAGGAUGAGGAGAGUGUGGGUGGCCGGCGCCGGACCGAAGCCCUGAGGCAGCUGUGUCAGAUGAACCCCUCGCAGGCCCUCAACAUCAGAGCCAUGGUGGUGGAGGAGUGUCACCUGCCCGGGCUGGGAGUGGCUCUCACUCUGGACUACAAGCCGGACACUGCGGACGACGCGGUCAGCCCGCUGGUCUCCUACGUCAGCGGCCUCCUGCUGGGAACCAACAGCAAAGUGCGCACGUGGUUCAGCAUGUUCAUCCGCAACGGGCAGCAGCGGAAGCGGGAGAGCAGCUCGGUGCUGUGGCAGAUGCGCCGGCAGCUGCUGCUGGAGUUGGUGGCCAUCCUGCCUCGCUCCCGCAGCACCCACGUCCCCAACGACGGCGACCCGGAGGAGGGCGGCGGCUCGGGCUACUCCGGCCUCCGGGAGGAGCACGUGGUGAAGGCCAGCGCCCUGCUGCGCCUCUACUGCGCCCUGAUGGGCAUCGCCGGGCUCAGACCGACUGACGAGGAGGCGGAGCAGCUGCUGCAGCUGAUGACCAGCCGGCCGCCGGCCACUCCGGCGGGGGUUCGCUUCGUCUCCCUGUCCUUCUGCAAGCUGCUGGCCUUCCCCACUCUGGUCAGCACUCCAGAGCAGGAGCAGCUCAUGGUCAUGUGGCUCAGCUGGAUGAUCAAAGAGGAGGAGUACUUCGAGAGCGCUGCAGGCGUCUCUGCUUCUUUUGGAGAGAUGCUAUUACUGGUUGCCAUGUAUUUCCAUAGCAACCAGCUCAGCUCCAUUAUUGAGUUGGUGUGCUCCACUUUGGGGAUGAAGAUUGCAAUCAAACCCAGCUCUCUAAGCAAGAUGAAGACCAUUUUCACUCAGGAGAUCUUCACCGAGCAGGUGGUGACGGCUCAUGCGGUUCGAGUCGCGGUGACAAACAACCUCAGUGCCAACAUCACGGGAUUCCUGCCCAUCCACUGCAUCUACCAGCUGCUCCGGAGCCGAGCCUUCACCAAGCACAAAGUGUCCAUUAAGGACUGGAUCUACCGCCAGCUCUGCCAAACCACCACGCCCAUCCACACCCAGCUCAUCCCCCUCAUCGACGCCUACAUCAACUCCAUCCUCACUCCGGCGUCCAAGGCCAACCCGGAGGCCACCAACCAGCCAAUCACGGAGCAGGAGAUCCUCAACGUCUUCCAGAGCUGCGCCGCGCAGGGGGAGAGCGGUCGAGUGGGGCGGCAGCGCUACUCCAUCACCACGCAGCUCCUCGUCCUCUACUACAUCCUGUCCUACGAGGAGAACCUGCUGGCCAGCACCAAGCAGCUGGCCCUGAUGCAGAGAAAACCAAAGUCCUACUCAGCAGCUCUGAUGGAUCAGAUCCCCAUCAAGUACCUGGUGACGCAGGCGCAGGGGCUGCAGCAGGAGCUGGGGGGUCUGCACUCCGCCCUCCUGAGGCUGCUCGCCACAAACUACCCCCACCUGUGCCUGGUGGAGGACUGGGUGUGUGAGGAGGAGGUGACCGGGACUCUGCCCCUGCUGAGGAAGAUGAUGCUCCCCAGCAACUCCUGCAGAUACACUCAGAGCCAGCUGCACCAGGCCUUCCAGAAGUUGCCGUCCAGCAGUCCCCGCCUGAUGCGGAUCCUGGAGCGUUUGACGCUGCUCUCGCCGGGAGACCUGAUCCCGUACGCCGAGGCGCUGACGGCCAGCAUGGCUCUGCUGCUGGAGCCCGCCGUCCCGCGCCGCAUCCUGCAGACGCUCAACAAGCUGUGGAUGGGCCUGAACACUGUGAUGCCCCGCAGGUUGUGGGUGAUGACGGUAAACGCCCUCCAGCCCUCGGCGAAGCUGCUCAGGCAGCAGCGGUACACUCAGAACGACCUGAUGGUGGAUCCUCUCAUCGUGCUGCGCUGCGACCAGCGAGUCUACAGGUGUCCCCCUCUGAUGGACAUCGUCCUCCACAUGUUGAACGGCUACCUGCUGGCCUCCAAGGCUCACCUGCAGUGCCACCUGAAGGAGACGGCCGACUUCGACCGGCAGAUCCAGACCGUGUCCAACCUGGGCGUCCCCGGCCAGCCGGACACCCCCGAGGUGACCAGAGAGGAGCUGAAGAACGCCCUGCUGGCCGCGCAGGACAGCGCCGCCGUCCAGAUCCUCCUGGAGGUGUGUCUGCCAAACUCCGAGGAGCAGCAGCUGGGGGCCGGCGCCGCCGCCACCGAGAGCCUGUUGAAAAGUGUCCGCGGCCCGGCGCCGGCCCGAUCCAGACAGGGGGGCCCGGGGCCCGGAGGUGGGGCGGCCGGCGUGGACGACACGGAGCCGGAGGGGGGCCUGCUCAGCGACCUGAGGGAGGUGCAGUGUCUCAUCUGCUGCCUGCUGCAUCAGAUGUUCAUCGCCGAUCCCAACAUCGCCAAGCUGGUUCACUUUCAGGGUUACCCUCAAGCUCUGCUGCCUCUGACUGUGGCAGGCAUCCCCUCCAUCCAUAUCUGUCUGGACUUCAUCCCGGAGCUGCUGGCGCAGCCCCAGCUGGAGAAGCAGAUCUUCGCCAUCCAGCUGCUGUCCUACCUCUGCACCCAGUACGCUCUGCCCAAGUCGCUGAGCGUGGCCCGCCUGGCCAUCAGCGUCAUGGGAACGCUCCUGACAGUGCUGACCCGGGCCAAGCGGUUCUCCUUCUUCAUGCCCACCCUGCCCUGCCUGGUGUCGUUCUGCCAGGCCUUCCCGCCGCUCUACGACGACGUGGCGUCUCUCCUCAUACAGGUGGGGCAGGUUUGCGCCUCUGACGUGGCGACGAAGGCCAGAGACGUCGACCCGCUGAUCGCCCGCCUGCAGUACCUGAAGGAGAAGCCGCAGGACGCCGUGCUCCCCGGACGGGGCUCCUCCUCCUCGCUGACGCUGCCCCAGAAGACGGCGGAGGAGCUGGGAGGCGCCGACCCCGACGUCCAGCUGUGCUACUGCAUCGAGGCCACCUUCAUGGACAUCAUCAGCUCCACGCUGCACGGACUCUGAAACGCUGUGCGGACUCGGCCUGCUCCACAUCCACCACUUCUCAAACGGAAUCAAUUCACAUUCACUGUUGAUUUGGAGAAAGAAAAAAAAAAGUGUUAAAUAGGUCCAGUUUUUGACUACGUAUUUUUCUAAGCUGGAAGUGUCAAUUUCUUUCUUUAAUAGAGGAAGGAAACAUGUUGUAGAGCUUUUAUACUGUUUUUUUUUUUUUUUUUUUAAUAAAACAAGUGAGCAUUUGACUGAAAAGUGAUUGAUGAAAAAACAGC